GUCCUUUCUGAACCUGUGCCAUUGGUUGGCUUUCGACCAAUCAAACAGCCGGUCUUCAGACUCUAAACAUUUCUUUGGUAGUAAUCCAGCACUUGCUUAAGAGUGAAGUCUCAAACAUCUUGAACAGAAGUCCUCAUUUUGUUGGAUUUUAACUUUAACUCUUUUUUGGGAGGAGCAGCAGCAGAUUUAACUGCAGCCACCAUGAAAAUUGCAGCCUUUAACAUUCAGAAGUUUGGACGCAGCAAAGUUUCGGACCCGGAGAUUCUGAAGAUCCUUGUUAAGAUUAUUUCCCGUUAUGACAUCAUCGUGAUCCUGGAGGUGGUGGACGUUACCGGGAAAUCAGUGGAAACUCUGAUGAAAGAACUCAACAAAUCCAACCAGAAACAUCACUACACUCUGAAAAUCAGCACUCGCCUAGGCCGGACGCACUACAAGGAGCAGUUCAUGUUCCUGUACAGGGAUGACCUGGUUGACCUGGAGGACUCCUACCAGUUCGAUGAUGAGAAGACUGAAGGACGGGAUGUCUUCGACAGGGAUCCAUAUAUCCUUCGAUUCAAGUGCCGAACACAGGGGAUAAGUGGAGGACAGAAGUAA